AUGACGUCCGCUUUAAAGAAUUCAUCCAAGUUCAAACAUCUGCCUCGUGCAGCUUCGGGUCCUUUGAAAUGUUCACUCGAAGGUCCUUCGCUUCUCACAUCUUCCCAUUUCAACAAAGGAUCCGCUUUCCCCAAAGAUGAACGGGCAGCUUUCAAGCUAAAUGGACUGCUACCGCCAAACAUCCAAACUCUGGAUGAGCAAGUUCAGCGGGCUUACCAGCAGUAUAGCAGUCGCGAAGAUGACCUGGCCAAGAAUACAUUCAUGGCCAGUAUGAAGGCACAGAAUGAAGUGUUGUACUACAAGCUCUUGCAAACGCAUCUUAAGGAGAUGUUCAGUAUAAUAUAUACACCAACUGAGGGAGAUGCAAUCCAGAAUUAUUCUCGGCUCUUCCGAAAGCCCGAGGGGUGCUUUUUGAACAUCCGCGAUCAAGACUCGAUCGACGAAUGCUUGUCUGCCUUUGGUAAUGACGAGGAUGUUGAUUACAUCGUCGUUAGUGAUGGAGAAGAGAUUCUAGGUAUCGGAGAUCAGGGCGUAGGCGCCGUUCUCAUUUCUGUCGCCAAGCUAGUAAUUACCACCUUGUGCGCUGGAAUUCACCCUUCACGCCAGCUACCGGUCGUAUUGGACUGUGGGACAAAUAACGAAGAUCUGCUCAAUGACGAGCUUUACCUGGGUCUACGUGAGCACCGCGUGCUUGGCAAAGAAUAUGAUCAGUUCGUGGACAAGUUUGUUCAGACGGCUCGCAAGCGGUUUCCCAAUGCCUACAUACAUUUUGAGGACUUUGGUCUCCAGAAUGCCCGACGAAUCCUCGAAAAGUAUCAAUCCCAGAUCCCCUGCUUCAACGAUGAUAUUCAAGGAACUGGGUGUGUCACUUUGGCUGCCAUACUGGCGGGUCUACACGUCAGCGAUGUGAAAAUUGAUGACGUCCGUGUGGUGGUUUUCGGUUCAGGGACAGCCGGUACUGGCAUCGCAGAUCAAAUUGCGGACACCAUUGUCACUCAAACGCAAAAGUCUAAGGAGGAAGCAUCGAAGCACAUUUGGUGCAUCGACAAGCCGGGUCUCCUGCUAAAGUCCCACGGCGACAAACUAACUCCUGCCCAGAAACCCUUCGCAAGAGACGACAACGAGUGGCCAGCAGACAAAAAGCACGACUUGCUUUCCGUGAUCCAGCAAGUCAAGCCUCACGUCUUGAUCGGAACAUCCACCAAGCCCAAGGCGUUUACUGAGGAGGCCAUUCGAGAAAUGGCAAAACAUGUCGAGCGUCCCAUCGUAUUCCCCUUGAGCAACCCAACACGCCUCCAUGAAGCCCAACCGAACGAUCUUUACGAAUGGACCGGUGGCAAAGCUCUCGUUGCUACUGGAAGUCCAUUCCCCCCGGUAGAGUAUGGAGGUAAGAAGUAUGAUAUCGCCGAAUGCAAUAACUCAACUUGCUUCCCCGGCAUCGGUCUGGGCGCGGUACUAUCGCGUAGCCGUCUAGUAUCUAAGAAGAUGCUCGUAGCGGCCGUUGAAGCGUUGAAAGCGAAAUCACCCGCGCUUGAGGACUCCAAUUGUCCGCUUUUGCCUGAUGUGGAAGAUGUUAGAGAAAUUAGUGUGGACAUCGCAGCUGGUGUGAUCCAGUGUGCCGUGGAGGAGGGUCUUGCUCAGGAGAAAGAUAUCCCCGAGGAUGACGGUGAACUUAGAGAGUGGAUUAGAGCGCAAAUGUGGGAUGCUGUCUACCGGCCUCUGGCCAAACAGUAG